AUGACUCUGUUUGCCUCCCUGUUCUCUCGUCGGCGUUCUCGCCAGACACGAGAGGAGAAGGAAUCCGCGUCAGCUUCAACAAGUAAGAAUGCUGCUGAGGCGUCUGCAGGGCAGAAAAACGGGACCAACCAUAAAGCUCCCCGGGUCGAGCUCGAUUUUCCGCACAUCAAACCAUCUUCCGAACAGACUCAGCCCCCAGUCGAGAAUGAACCCUGUACGCCAGCUCCAGGCGAUGACGACAAGCCCGUGGACCCAGCUUCGGUCGAGCUACCUUCCUCGCCACAGAACGAGCAGCCAGGAUCCCCUGGGGUAGUGGUAAAGAAGCAGUCAUUGAUGUCAGUAAGGAGUGAUGGACAGCAACCUCAGCCGCAGUUUUUCAAGGAAGGGAAGAGACGGACUCGCCGGAUGUCAGUCUUCUCGUCUCUCAGAUCUAGACCGUCGACCGCAAUGUCAACCGCGACAGAGCCAGCUCCAGAGCUCCAGAUGUCGCCCGUCACGUCGAACGUUAACAGACCUUACUUCCCCCCAGACCCGAGGUUCCAACUUGACCUAAAACCAGACGCCUUUGGCAAGGCCUUCACCGGAUCCAGCCUUCCUUUUGUUGAGGAGAUGUUUGGUAGUGGUGGUGAUAACAAUAAUACCUCUGGAUUGUCAAGUCAGCAGAAAAGUGACACCGCCGCCACCGCUACCACAACCACCACCCUAGAUCCAGGAAAUAAUGUUUCACGAGGAUGGUUAUUACCAGAUUUAAAAUCAGUUAUGGAUGGAGAUACCCUGAACACAAAUAAUGCAAAUGCUACAUCAAACCAGCCCAGUUGUUCUACAGACAAUGGAACAGCUAGCCAGAGCACUCCCAAUGGCAACUCUGAGAAGACAGAGAAGAGCUCCUCGGAGAGUCUGCCAUCCCCUGCUACACUACCCCCAUUACCUGCUUCACCAGAACCAGGUUCACCCAAAUCUGCUAGCCGGACCUCUCUAAAGAGGCUGCUUAGCAAGAAACUAUCCUCAGACUCACAGCAGAGUAGGACUCUUGCUGCUGAAACCAACCAUACUGCUCCAAACGGUGUGACCGCAUAG